GCUCUUGCUCCUCUUGUGAAGUCCAUUUUUUAGGGAACACAAAAAGCGAAAACGGUGUUGUUCUUGAUCCUGAUGGCUGCUGUUUUUGUUGGGACUUGGGACUUUUGGAAGCUACAUGCUUUUCGUCCUCUGUGAUGUGUGCUCUGCUCUGUCAGUGCUGUGUGGCAAUAAAAUGGCUUACAAUUGUUGUUACCACUUCAGUUGCGAUUCAGACUACGAAGCGUGAUAAUCGUGAGAAUAAAUAUUAAAAUAAAAAAGAGCAUUUUGCGAUAAAUCUUGUAGACGUACAUUCUCCUUCCGAAGGAUAAAAGGUUCUUCAAUUCUUGGGCUUGAGAAGAACAAGUGGAAGAGUGAAAGCAAAAGUGCGAUGACAUUUGGCGGAAUUAAUUAUUAUGAGAAGGAUAAAACAAAAACCAAACACUCGAAAUAUUCGCGUCGCGUUCGAGAUGUCUGUGAAUGAAAUUUAUUACCGCGUCAAGUCGAAGUGUGAAUGAGGGAUAAAACAAAAAGUGAAAGCAAAAUCGAAAUCGAAAGAAAGAAAAAUAAAUAUAUUUUAAAAAGACACACAGUUAAUGACAUCCGGGGAAUGGGAUCUACGUGCUUUGAAGGCACUCGAAGAGGAGGAACAAGCCCAGUUUCGUGCAAUAAGUGAAUCGAAUUUAUUUAAAAUCUCCCUACCGCCGCCACCGCCACCUGCAGCGACAGCUCCUCCGCCACUGCCGAGUGCUUCGUCCUCGUCAACGUCAUCCUCUAACCAGCCACAGAUAAUCCUUCCCACAAUCAAUGAGCAUUGCGGUGAUUUAGACGAUGGCCUGGACGUUCCACCCCUGCCGCUAACACUCUUUCGUUCCUCCGAUGUGGCUGCUUCAACCUUAUCUCUUGGUAGAAAGAAAAAACCAUCAGCAUCAGCAUCAUCAUCAAUUGCAGCGAAUCAGCCAUUCUUACUGUCCUUAUCGUCGUCGUCUUCCGGUGGUGCAGCUAAGCCAACCGGAACUUUCUCACCACCGCAAUUUACUGCUUCACCCAUUUUCACACCGCCACCGAUACGAAGGUGUGCCACCUUAUCACACUCUGGUUCUGGCGGUGGUCCUGCUGUUCGUCGCCACUUUAGGAGUCUUCAUCAUCAGAUAUUGGGAAAGAAGAGUGCUGCAUCUGGCGGUCUUGAAAGGCGUCGUAGUCGUAGCAAUUACAAUUGCAAUUACACAAGUUGCGCAGGUGGUGGCAGUGGUGGUGAAGGCGGCGGUGGUAGUCCGGGUCCGGCGACAGUUGGUGGCGGGCUAGGGUUGUCGGGAAGUCUCAGUGAUAACAACGACUACGACUCCACAGACAGUGGUUCGUGUACGGUGCCGUUAACUAAGGACUCCAUAGAAAUGAUGCGACUUAUGCUCUUCUCCGCAACUUCCAGUAAAUCAAAUUCACCGGAAAUACCACCAUCGAUUGCUUCGGCAUCGGCCUCGUCCUCUCUAUCUGCAACUGGUGUUGGAGGUGGUGUUGGAAGUGGUGGUUUCAGUGGGGGUUUGGGCUUAGGCUUGGGUUUGGGUUCAUCGAGGCCGUUAAAGAUAUCCUCUUUAAUUCAUGAUGACAGCUGCAUCGACGAUGACAUCCUGACCAAUGGGAAUUGUAAUAGUUCGGGAGUCAAGCGAAGACAGAAUCAUCAUCAUCAGCAACAGCAACAGCAGAAGCAGCAACAACAACCCCGACAUAAAAGCUUUUUAAGUUUUACAGGUUGUGACAGUUUCAUUGGUGGUGGUGGUGGUGGUGGUGGAAGUGGUGGUAGAAGUGGUGGCAGCAGCAGCAACAGCAGCGCAACGGGUGGUGGCAGCAUAAUGGGUAUAACGUGCACAAUUCGGAAGAGCCCCACAAAAAGUCUCCUCAUGUCCGGUUGCGCUAUUGAGCUGGAUGCCUCAGCUCUCAAUCCAACCCGCAGUAGUGAUCAGGAUUCUGACAUCAUGGAGCCAACUCUGGCAGCAACAUCAUCAUCAUCAGGACCAUCAUCAGCCAAAGGGCAACUACAAAUGCUGCUCGAUGAAGAUGGCAGUGGCAUUAGGACGGCAAAUCAUUUCAACGAUUUAGUUAAAUCAAUACAAUCAACAAAGUCAACAGGAAUUGCAACUGCUACCGACUCCGCGGCAGGACCUCCAUCCUCGCAGCAGCAGCAACAGCAGCACCAGCAUCAGCAUCCUUGUUCGGCGAUGUUCGACCAUGAACUGGAGCAUCAUAUCAAACAUUGUUCGUGUUCGUGUAAUCACAUGGGAUAUGGCAACUCGAUGGAUUAUCAGACAACCGGCUUUGGCGGCCUGCCCGACGUCACAGAACACUCAAACAUCCGCCGUUCAAUAUCCCGUCAAAAUUCGAUAUCCAAUAGCGAUUCGAUUGAAAUCUCAAGCAUACAGAAGACCAAAGGACUAACCAUUAAGUCGAAUACAUCCAGACAGAGUAAGAAUCAAAAUGACACACAAGGACACGCUUCGUCGAAGCGAAACUUUUGCAUUUACAGUCUAUCACUGAUGGCGGCAUUAGCCUUGUCCUUGGUGGCAGCGAUGCUGGCCUACCAGCAUUUCUUAAUGGCUCCCAGCCGUAAUUCACACGAACAAAGACUGAGAAUAGUGCGGAGAAUCCUUCGCGAUGUACCGUUGGUAGAUGGACAUAAUGACUUUCCAUGGAAUGUCAGGAAGUACGCGCACAGUAGUCUCGAGUUGGUUGAACUCAGUCACGAUAUGGAUCACAAAUCGAUGUGGAAUCGACCGGCCUGGUCGCAAACAGACAUCACAAGGCUGCGGCAAGGACUUGUGGGCGUACAAGUGUGGUCGGCACAUGUGCCAUGCGAAGCCCAGGGGCUGGACGCUGUCCAAUUGGCAUUGGAGCAAAUCGACAUCAUACAUCGACUCACCGAUAUGUAUCCGAAGGAUACGGCCUUAGUAACUUCGUAUCAAGAGAUCCUAACAGUUCGACGUCAAGGAUUAAUGGCUUCAAUGAUUGGCAUCGAGGGUGGACAUGCCAUUGGGUCGUCGUUGGGGGUGUUGCGCUCCUUCCACUCGCUGGGAGCACGAUAUCUAAGCUUGACACACAAAUGCGACAUUCCCUGGGCCGGAUCGAGUUCGUCGCCAUUUGAAAUGGGACUGACCACCUUCGGCAAGGCAGUGGUAAAAGAAAUGAACCGUUUAGGCAUGAUGAUUGACCUUUCGCAGUCGUCGGAUGAGACGGCACGUGACGUGUUUCAGGUGACAAGAGCGCCAGUGAUUUUCUCACAUUCGGCUGCCCGUCAAUUGUGCAACUCGACACGUAACAUUCCCGAUGAUGUGCUGCGACUCGUAGCCGACAAUGGCGGACUGAUUAUGAUUAGUUUCGACUCUGAGGUUGUUUCCUGUGGACGCACUUCCACCCUGCUGGACGUGGUGGCACACAUUAAAUACAUUCGCUCGAUUGCGGGCAUUCAGCACAUCGGCAUUGGGGCGGGCUACGAUGGCAUUGAACAGCCCCCAGUUGGCUUGGAAAACGUAUCGAAGUAUCCCGACUUGCUGGCCACUCUCUUGGAGGACAACAAUUGGAGUGAGGAGGACAUUGCCAUGUUGGCGGGUAAGAACUUUCUGCGUGUUUUGAAAUCGGUGGAAAACGUGCGGGAUUACUGGAAGCGGGCUGCCAUCCCACCAGGAGAAGUAUCCGAGCAGCUUCCCAAAACACAUUGCACCUACAUGUCGUCGUGACCUAGUGUACAGGCUGUGCAGGAAAGGCGCAAUCAAACACGCUUCAAAAGACGUGAUUGGAUGUUCUAUUAAAUUUGAACGCCACCGUCGUCGUCGCCGCCGCAGGUAGUUAGUUAGUAUAAUAAUGAUGAUUAAUUAAAAUUACUCUAUACUGCUAAAUUAAAUUAUUAUUUAAUAUGUUUAACUUGUUUUUCGGUCAGGGCCUCUUUUAACCUGCAAACCGUUUCUUGUGAUAAAUUGUGUAAUUUUAUUUUUGAAAUUAUAUUCUAAGGAGUUUUUAUUUGAA